ACUUAAUCUGUAGGGUUCCCCCCUCCACACCAAAAAAGAAAUGGAGCACGCCCCUUAAUUUAAGCAUUCAAGGAAAGUGGACCAAGUAAGCAUACACCAAACAAUGUACGCUAGAUCACUGUUGGCCUAUCAGCUUAGAGUGCCACCGAUGCCCUGUGGACCUCUUCUGUAACUCUGAGCACGCUCAGUCAACUCGCUUCAGAUCACUGCUACGCCGAUCCUCCUCCACACACUCACUCGCAAACGCAUCCAACCAGGGACAGCUCCGGCUCACCAAGAUAUUCUGGGGGCCGCCGACUGCCUGUAAGACGGAAGAGACGGCGGGAAUCAGCACCUACUUAGCCAUCCCCAAUCCAGCCAGGCAUCUUCAACAUCUGCCAGCACGUACGCUCAGCUCUGAGCCCCUCUGCCGUGUGCCAGCUUUCCUGCCAAUCCGAGUGCCGUUGCCACCGAUCCUCUUGUUCCGCUGUAGAGCUGUCACAGUCUGCUCCGCUUUCUUCCCUCUCAUUGAACUCCGGAUGUCCUCCGCUUCCCCCGAGGCAUCACCGACAUUUGAGUUCUGUGACUGUUAAAAACAGAGACUUCUGCCUCCCAUUGGCAAUUUUUGGACUGUCCAGAGGUGUCCCAACUUCCUGCUCCAGAGUUUGAGACGUGGUGAAUCUGGGGGUUCCUCACGACCGCUGAGUAGUCCCUCAUCUCCCAGCAUGCCCCAUUCCAUGCAGCAGAAACACGCCCAACAGAUGCUCCUUCUGUGUCAGGGUAUAAACGGCUCAAGGGAGGACGGACCAGUUCCCCCCAACUGGAGCCACAAACGAAGUUAUCCAGAUCUCGAAAAAAUGGCUUGUGCAGCCGACAGCUGCAUCCAAUUCACGCGUCAUGCAAGUGAUGUUCUGCUCAACCUGAACCGAAUGCGUAGCAGAGAUAUCCUUACAGAUGUCACGAUUCUGGUCAACAGACAACAGUUUCGAGCACACAAAACGGUCCUUAUGGCAUGCAGUGGGCUCUUCUACUCAAUCUUUACCGAUUCACACAAAUGUAACCUGAACGCUAUCAGUCUGGACCCGAAGGUCGACCCAGAGGGUUUCGCAAUCCUUCUGGAGUUCAUGUACACUUCACGUCUCACACUGAAGGAGAGCCUCAUCAUGGCCAUCAUGAACACAGCCAUCUAUUUACAGAUGGACCACGUUGUUGACACCUGCCACAGAUUCAUAAAGUCCAGUGACUCCUCCAUCAAACUUCCCAGAGAGGACUUUCUGGUCAGUCCCCUGCUUUUACCUCAAGACGUUCACAGUUACAGACCCCAUGAGAUACUGGAAAAUGUUCCUGGACGGGCAGCGACUUUCAGAGAUGGGAGACCCUAUGGUGUCUGCAUGUUUAACGGGGUCAAUGGUCCUAACAGCUCGUACCUUUACAGCCAGUAUCCCAUGCAAGGUUUUCCCUUUCCUCUUUGCAAGCUGACAGAUACCAAAAACACAUUCUCAGACUUCUCAAAGGGAGGCAUCAUCCAUCACAAACACUGCUCGCCGGCUGAUGGCAACAACUCCGUGCUGGCCGAUUUCACCCGUAGCGCUACCGGCGGGAGCUCAACCGCUUGCCAUGCCAGUUCAUACUCGAGAGAGCUGGGAAGGGAUGAGGAAAUGAAGCGGGAGACCUUGGAGGGAGUGGUCCAUUCGAUUGGGAUGAGCUCCAGAAAGCACGGCUUCACCAGCCUGGCCCAGGAGCAGCAGCAGAGGGAGACUGGGAAAGAGCAAAGUUCCCUGGCAGAGGAGCAUUUGAGCCACCAACACUACUCCAUGGGCAUAUCCUCUAAUGGACGCAAAACCUUGAUGAGCAGUCCUCAGAGCCCCCUCAAAUCAGACUGCCAGCCCAAUUCCCCAACGGAAUCGAGCAGUAGCAAAAAUGCUGCCCUCGCGCAGUCCUCGCAACCUCCAACCUCUCAAGGUACUCAAGACCCUAAAGCUCGUAACUGGAAGAAAUACAAAUUCAUUGUUCUCAAUCAGAGCUCCAAGGAGGAGGAGACCAGUCCUCGUGACCCUGGAAUGCACUCCCCGCAGAGGCCGGGCUUGUCUGCUUUUCUUCACCACGUUGAUUCUGAACAUCCCGACUCAAAGGCGACAACAAAGAUCAGCGAGCAAGGCGAGGAAUUCACCGUGCCUCAGGCCAGUCGCCUCAACAACAUCGUCAACAGCAGAACUCUGGAGGGAUCGCAGAGGAACAGCGACAGCCACUCUUCUCUCUAUAUGAGCCAUUUAAAAUGCUCGUCCUGUGGCUCCCAGUCUCCACAGCACUCUGACGUCUGUCCCAACACAUCCGCCUCGCGUCUGGCCGAGGAGAUGUCUGAGAUGCACUCGGAGUACUCCGAUUCCAGCUGUGAAAAUGGAACAUACUUUUGUAAUGAAUGCGACUCCAAGUUUGCAGAGGAGGAAGCCUUGAAACGGCACAUGCUUCAGGUCCACAGCGACAAGCCAUACAAAUGUGACCGUUGCCAAGCAGCAUUCCGCUACAAGGGAAACCUUGCCAGUCACAAAACAGUUCACACCGGAGAGAAACCGUAUAGAUGCAAUAUCUGCGGCGCUCAGUUCAACAGACCAGCUAACCUCAAAACCCACACACGAAUUCACUCAGGAGAAAAGCCAUACAAGUGCGAGACAUGUGGCGCUAGAUUUGUGCAGGUUGCUCACCUUCGGGCUCACGUUCUGAUUCAUACCGGAGAGAAGCCAUAUCCAUGCGAAAUCUGUGGCACUCGUUUCCGCCAUCUGCAGACGCUGAAAAGUCACCUGCGAAUACACACGGGAGAAAAGCCCUAUCAUUGUGAGAAAUGCAACUUGCAUUUUCGCCACAAGAGUCAGCUGCGGUUACACCUGCGGCAGAAGCACGGCGCAAUCACCAAUACCAAGAUCCAGUAUCGCAUGUCCUCGACAGACCUACCGACCGACUUAACGAAGGCAUGCUGAGAAGGCACUUAGGGGCAGACCUGACCAUGGCAUUAUAUGACCUGACUUGUA